AUGGCGGUGCAGCCGAAGCAGAAUUUGUCCAUGGACAGUGCGUCCGAAAAUAGUUUUCUGAACUUUUAUUUUUCUAUGUCUGAAAAACCUGACACCACUGUGCGAAUUUUUGACCGUAACGAUUACUAUACUGUGCAUGGAAAAGAUGCUAUAUUCGCUGCUAAAGAGGUUUUCAAGACCAAUGGAGUUAUCAAAAACCUUGGCUCAGGAAGCAGAAAGUUGGAGAGCGUGGUACUCAGUAAAAUGAACUUCGAGUCAUUUGUGAGAGACUUGCUGUUGGUGAGGCAGUACCGCGUUGAGGUGUAUCGGAACAAGGCAGGCGGGAAGAGCAGCAAAGACCACGAUUGGCAAGUCGCAUUUAAGGCUUCUCCAGGGAAUCUUGCCCAGUUUGAGGAAAUCCUCUUUGGGAGUAGCGGGGGCCCUGGAGAGGGGGCUGCAGGUGUAGUGGGCGUGAGAAUCGGCACUGGAGGAGACGGGCAGCGAGUCAUUGGCGUAGGAUAUGUGGAUUCCACUCUCCGGCAACUUGGCGUCUGUGAAUUUCCGGACAACGACCAGUUCUCCAACCUGGAGGCCCUGUUGGUGCAAAUCGGACCCAAGGAAUGUGUGCUGCCGGGUGGGGGAGAUGGAGGCGGGGACUUGGCCAAACUCAGACAGGUAGUGCAGCGUGGUGGAAUCCUGAUGUCAGACAGGAAGAAGGCCGAAUUCACGACCAAAGACAUCGUACAGGAUCUGAACCGCCUGCUCAAAGCGCGUAAAGGGGAGACGGUGUCGAGCGCUGCUUUGCCAGAGAUGGAGAGGCAGAUCGCCAUGUCCUCUUUGGCAGCUGUCAUUAAGUACCUGGAGCUUCUAUCCGACGAAUCGAAUUUUGAUUCUUUCAAGAUGAUCACCUUUGACCUCAACCAGUACAUGCGAUUGGACAAUGCUGCUGUGCAAGCCCUCAAUCUCUUCCAGGGCUCCUCUGAUGAUGCGACAGGCACCCACUCAUUGGCAGGACUGCUUAACAAGUGCAGGACCCCCCAGGGCCAGAGACUGCUUAACCAGUGGAUCAAACAGCCUCUGAUAGACAGAAACAAAAUCGAGGAAAGACUGGACCUGGUAGAGGCUUUCGUGGACGACUCGGAGCUGAGACAGAGCUGCCAAGAGGACCUGCUUCGCCGUUUCCCCGACCUGAACCGGCUGGCCAAGAAGUUUCAGAGACAGAACGCUAACCUGCAGGACUGCUACCGGGCCUACCAGGCUGUGGGUCAGAUCCCGAAUCUGGUACUGGCCCUGGAGAGAUACAGCGGAAACCAUCAGGUCCUUCUGAACGCGGCGUUCGUUUCCCCUCUCAACGAUCUCAACACCGACUUUGCCAAGUUCCAGGAGAUGAUUGAAACCACGUUAGACAUGAACCAAAUCGAGCACCACGAGUUUCUGGUGAAGCCAUCGUUCGACCCCACGCUGAGCGAACUGCGAGAGAACAUGGACCGGCUGGAGAAAAACAUGCAGGCCACUCUAACCAGUGCUGCACGGGAGCUGAGUUUGGAGGCUGGAAAGACGGUGAAACUGGAGUCGAACGCUCAGAUCGGUUAUUUUUUUCGGGUCACGUGCAAAGAAGAGAAGAAUCUACGUAACAAUAAGAAGUUUACCACGCUGGACGUGCAGAAAAACGGUGUGCGCUUCACCAACAGCAAGCUUAGCUCCCUGAACGAGGAAUACACCAAGAACAGAGAAGAAUAUGAGGAAGCUCAGAAUGCCAUCGUCAAAGAGAUUAUUAACAUAGCCGCUGGCUAUGUGGAUCCACUGCACACUCUGAACGAUGUGAUUGCCCAGCUGGACGCGGUCGUGAGCUUUGCCCUUGUGUCCCACGCCGCCCCCGUACCCUACAUCCGCCCCAAAGUGCUGGAGAAGGGCGCGGGUCGGCUUGUCCUUAAAGGCGCCCGGCACCCCUGCGUGGAAGCCCAGGAUGACGUGGCGUUCAUCCCUAACGACGUGUCCUUUUCCCGAGGGGAAGAGAUGUUUCACAUCAUUACAGGCCCAAACAUGGGUGGGAAGUCCACCUAUAUUCGGCAGGUGGGCGUGAUUGUCCUGAUGGCACAGAUUGGAUGUUUUGUGCCAUGUGAUGAGGCAGAGAUUAGUGUGGUGGACUGUGUGCUUGCGCGGGUGGGCGCCGGGGACAGCCAGCUAAAGGGCGUGUCCACCUUUAUGGCCGAGAUGCUGGAGACAGCUGCUAUCCUACGCUCUGCCACUGAGGACUCCCUCAUCAUCAUUGACGAGUUGGGGCGCGGCACGUCCACCUACGACGGCUUCGGCCUGGCGUGGGCGAUCUCGGAGUACAUCGCCACGCGCCUUAAAUCCUUCUGUCUGUUCGCCACUCACUUUCACGAGCUGACCGCGUUGGCGCAGCAAGUGCCCACCGUCCGCAACCUCCAUGUGACGGCUCUCACCACAGACAGCACUCUGACCAUGCUCUACAGAGUGAAAAAGGGUGUGUGUGACCAGAGCUUUGGCAUCCACGUGGCAGAGCUGGCUAACUUCCCCAAGCAUGUGAUUGCUAAUGCUCGGGAGAAGGCCCUGGAGCUUGAGGAAUUCCAGGAUAUCUCCAGAGCUGGGGAAGACGGGUCGGAUGACGAGCCGGUGGCGAAGAGACGAUGCCUGGAUAAACAGGAGGGGGAGAAGAUAAUCGAGGAAUUCCUGGCCAAGGUGAAGUCCCUGCCUGUCGAUAGUAUGACAGACGAGGCACUGAAAGCGGAGUUGAGGAAACUGAAGGCUGAAGUGGUGGCCCGCAACAAUAGCUUUGUCAACGAGAUCGUGUCCCGCUCCGCUAACAUGAAACAGUGA